AUGAGGUUCUCCAGGUUCUUGUUUGUUCUUACUCUCAUUCACAGUGCUUUGCAGCUGGAAGACACUGAAAUAUUUUUAAUAUAUAAUAAAGUCAGCAAACUCUGUCUUCAGGCUUCUAUUGCACAAUCAGUUAGAACUGCCACUUGCCAUCAAGACAAUGAAUCGCAAAAAUUCACUUGGAUUACUGAUCAUCAGCUCAUGAGUGUGAGACUGAACCUGUGCUUGGGUGUUCCACUGAAGGAAGAUGAGGUUGCGAUCACCCUGUUCCCAUGUAACCAAACAAGUGAGCUGCAGUGGUGGGAAUGUAGAAAUGAAAGCCUUCUUGCAAUCCAGGGAGAAGACUUGUUUUUCAAUCCUGGCAAGGAAGAACAUGAUAAUGUUGUAUUAAAAGAGCGGUUGAGUCCAAAGAGUUAUUGGAAGAUCUAUGGGGUCAUUGAUGUUUUAUGUUCUCAGAGAUACGAAGAGACCUUUACGCUGCUAGGAAAUGCUUUUGGGGCACCUUGUGUGUUCCCUUUCAUGUACAAGAAGCAGUGGUAUGCAGAGUGCACGAGUGCUGGCCGCUCAGACGGCUGGCUCUGGUGUGCAACGACUGCAGACUAUGACACAGACCAGCGAUACGGAUUUUGCCCAAUAAAAGACAGAGAUACCACUUGGACUACAGAUGUGUUAAGAAAUGCCUACUACCAAAUAAACUCUGAAUCUGCUCUCACAUGGCACCAAGCAAGGAAGAGCUGUCAGCAACAAAAUGCAGAAUUACUGAGUAUCACAGAUAUUCAUGAACAAAUGUACCUUAAAGAAUUAACAGAAAGUACAGAUUCUGCACUGUGGAUUGGACUCAAUAGACUGGACUUGAAGAGCGGCUGGGAGUGGAUUGGAGGCACUCCUUUCCAGUAUUUAAACUGGGCUCCAGGAAGUCCCUCUCCAGAAUCUGGAAAACUCUGUGUGGUACUGAAUCCUGAAACAGAAGCUAAAUGGCAAAAUUGGGAAUGUGAUCAGAAACUUGGCUAUAUCUGUAAAAAAAGAAACUUUACCUUGAUACCCUCAGGUGAUAUUGGGCCCAUUGCUUGCCCAGAUGGAUGGGUAUCAUAUGUAGAUCACUGUUACAAGAUCUUCAGGGAAACCAAAGGAUGGCAAGAAGCUUUGACUUCCUGUCAGAAUGAAGAGAGUCACCUGGCCAGCAUCCAACACCUUGAGGAGCACAGCUUUAUAGUGUCUGGGCUUGGGUACAAGCCAACAGACAAGCUCUGGAUUGGCCUGAACGAUCACAAGUUUCAAAUGUUUUUUGAAUGGAGUGAUGGUACGCCAGUGACAUACAUCAGAUGGCAUCUGGGAGAGCCAUCCAGCACCAACACCAGGCCAGAAGACUGUGUUAUGAUCAAGGGCCAGGAUGGCUAUUUUGCAGACUCCGACUGUGAGAAGAAAGCUGGCUAUAUUUGUAAAAGAAAACCUAUACCACAACUAGCUGGAGAAAAGAAAAAUACCGAUGUAGGUUGCAAAAAAGGAUGGAGAAGAUACGGGACCUACUGCUAUUUUACUGGACAUGUAGCAGCAACAUUUUCCGAAGCAAAUGACACUUGUGAAGGAGAAAAAGGUUUCUUAGCCACAGUUGAAAGUAGAUAUGAACAAGCCUAUUUGACUAGUCUUGUAGGGCUGAGGCCUGAGAAGUAUUUCUGGCUGGGUCUUUCUGACAUGGAGGACCAAGGAACUUUCAGGUGGAGCAGUGGUGAAGAUGUCUCCUUUACACACUGGGGUGCAGCAAUGCCUGGAAGUAAAUCAGGGUGUGUUGCCAUGAGAUCUGGAAUUGCAGCUGGAUUAUGGGAUGUUCUUGACUGUGAAUCUAAGCAAAAAUAUAUCUGCAAACACUGGGCAGCUGGUGCAACAGCCCCACCUAUUUCAACUACUGCUCCGAAACCCACAUGUCCUGAAGGCUGGAUAUCAAAUGACGAUGCAAGCUCCUGUUAUAAAUACUUUUGCAGGUCAGAUAUUAAAGAGAAAUCAUGGAUUGAAGCUCGAGAUUUUUGUAGACAAAUUGGAGGGGAUCUGGCCACCAUCAACGAUGAGGAGGAGAAAAAAAUGAUAUUAAGAGGAAACAGAUACUGUAGUUUUGAAACAGUUUGGCUUGGUAUAUUUUCCUUGAAUCCAGAUGAAGGAUUUGCCUGGAGUGAUGGCUCUCCUGUUAGGUACACAGACUGGAGUGAUCAUCCAAGAAGUUCAGGAGGACACAAGUUCUGUGGUGUAAUCAACGGUAAAACAUUUUCUGGGCAAUGGCUUCUUUCAGUAUGUGAAGAGGAGCAUGGCUGGGUUUGUCAAAUUAAAAAAGGAGUGAUGCCAAAACCUGAACCAAUUGAUACAUAUGAGUAUAAAAUCACUGCGGAUGGAUGGGUCAUGUACAAAGAUAAGCUGUACUACAUCAGCAAAGAACAAGUUUCCAUGGAAGAAGCCCGAGAGUUUUGCAGGAUGAAUUCUGCAGAUCUUGCUGUAAUUAGUAGCAAUAGUGAAAGAAGGUUCAUACAGAGAGCUCUGAUAAAAAAUGAUAAAUACAGGACAGAGUCAGAACAAUACUUCAUUGGUUUAAAAAUUAGUCUGGAUAAAACAUUUAGCUGGAUAGAUGGGACUCCAGUAACAUAUGUGGCCUGGGCUCCUAAUGAGCCUAACUUUGCAAAUAAUGAGGAACACUGUGUGGUAAUGUUUUCAAAGCAAGGCUUGUGGAAUGAUGUAAACUGUGGUGUCACAAGUAGAUUUGUAUGUGAAAGACAUAAUAGUUCUAUUAAUUCAACACUUGCUUCUCCACUUCCUCCUGGAGGAUGUCCAGAAAGUUGGCUUCUCUUUAACAACAAGUGUUUCAAAAUAUUUGCCUCCAAUACAACAAGAAAGCUGGCGUGGCAUGAUGCACGAGAAGUUUGUAUUCAUCUGGGAGGAAACCUGGCUUCUAUACCAAAUCAGCAAGUGCAAGCUUUUGUCUACUAUCAUUUAAAGGAUGCUACAACCAAAGUUUGGAUUGGGAUGAACGAUAUCAACAGAGAGUCUACGUUUCUUUGGGCAGAUGGGAGCACCGUUUCCUAUACCAAUUGGAUUGAAGGUGCACCAGAAACCAAGCAAAGCUUCUUCGACUUUUAUGAGUUCGAAUUGCUGGAUGAUAACACUGUGGAGACAGACUGUGUUUUCAUGACAAAAUUAGAUGGCAAAUGGAGAGACGAUAGCUGUGACAAUGAGAGAGGCUACAUCUGCCAAAUGAAUUCAUUUACUGCACUAUUUAACUUACCGUCAACAAAUCCAUCUUCUGACUUUGUCCACUAUGGUGAUAGCAGCUAUCUAAUUGUCUCAUCUAAAAUGCACUGGGAAGAGGCCAGAAGAAACUGCCAGGAGCAACAUGCAGAACUUGCAAGCAUUUUAGAUGCCUACAUCCAUUCAUUCCUUUGGAUCCAGAUACAGAAAUAUGGAAAACCUGUAUGGAUUGGCCUUAACAGCAAUAUUACUAGGAGCUAUUACAAAUGGACUGAUAACUGGAAAACCAGAUUCACUAAGUGGGCAGCAGAGGAGCCAAAGAAGAAAAAUGCUUGUGUCUAUCUAGACCUUGAUGGUACUUGGAAAACAGCGCCUUGCAAAGAAACAUACUUCUCAGUUUGUAAGAAAUCAAAUGUUGUAGCUCCAACUGAGCCUGUUCAGCUGUCUGGUGAAUGCCCUGAAGCAGCUGACCUGCAAGCCUGGAUCCCUUACCAUGGGCACUGCUACUAUAUCGAGGCAUCAGCAGCAACAGGGUGGGCCCAGGCCUCUCUCAAGUGCACUCAUUUAGGUGCUACACUGGUUUCAGUAGAAAAUGCGGAUGAAUCUGACUUUCUGAUCCAUACAAUACAGCUACUUGGAAACAAAGUAGGAGGCUUCUGGAUAGGUCUUUACAGAAAUAUGGAUGAGAAGUGGUUGUGGUUGGAUAAUGCUGCAAUGGACUUUGUCAACUGGGAUUAGAAAGCGUCUGAUGAGGAGCACCACUGUGUGGAAAUGACUGCACAUUCUGGUUACUGGGACAAUGCUGAUUGCUUUUCUGAAAAAGGAUUUAUCUGUAAGAAACCCAAAGAUGACACAGAGAGAUUUUGGACAGAAGAUGCUUCUACUGGUGUUUGCUAUCAAAUAAACUCAGAAUCAGCUCUGACAUGGCAUCAAGCAAGAAAAAGCUGUCAGGAGCAAAAUGCAGAACUAUUAAGCAUCACGGAGAUACAUGAACAAGAAUAUGUAGGAGAGCUAAUUAAAAAAUUCAGUCUUGCAUUGUGGAUUGGAUUGAACACUUUGAAUUUCAACAGUGGAUGGCAAUGGGCUGGGGGCAGUCCUUUCAGAUAUUUAAACUGGGCUCCAGGAAGUCCUUCCCCAGAUCCUGGUAAAAUCUGUGGCACAAUGAACCCCAGACAGAAUGCUAAAUGGGAAAACCAAGCAUGCAACCAGAGAUUUGGCUACAUCUGUAAAAAGAGAAAAAUAAAUUCAAAAUUUGACAAUAUAACCGGAGAGGAAAUGAGACCUACUAAAUGCACAGAAGGUUGGUGGCCAUAUGCAGGCCACUGCUACAGCGUUCAAAGAGAAUCCAAAGCAUGGAAGGAUGCCCUGACUUCAUGUAAGAGGCAGGAUGGAGACUUGGCCAGUGUCCACACCAUUGCUGAAUACAGCUUUCUGGUGUCACAGCUUGGUUACAAGCCAACAGAAGAGCUAUGGCUGGGCCUAAAUGACCUGAAGGCUCAUUUCUACUUUGAGUGGAGUGAUGGGACUCCUGUGACGUUCACCACAUGGCAGCGCAGACAUCCCACCUAUAGGAACGGUUUAGAGGACUGUGUUGUUAUGAAGGGACAGGAUGGGUACUGGGCAACUGAUGUUUGUGAUAGGCAACUUGGUUACAUCUGUAAAAAGAAGCCCUCAUCAAAGUCUCCUGAAGAAAAGAUCAAGGACCCAGGCUGCCAAGAAGGUUGGAAAAGAUUUAAUUUUCACUGUUAUUUGGUGGGUUCUGCACUUGCAACCUUCUCAGAUGCAAAUAAGACAUGUGAGAAGAGCAAAGCUUAUCUAGCUACAGUGGAAACCAGGAAUGAGCAAGCUUUCCUGAUUAGUCUGACUGGGCUGAGGUCUGAAAAGUAUUUCUGGCUUGGUCUCUCUGACAUAGAAGAACAAGGGAUGUUCAGGUGGACCAGUGGUGAAACUCCUUCCUUCACACACUGGAAUUCAGCAAUGCCAGGGAAAGAGCAAGGCUGCGUUGCCAUGGGAACUGGAGCCAAUGCUGGAUUAUGGGAUGUCAUUAGCUGCCGGGAGACAGCAAAUUUCUUUUGCAAGCAGAGGGCAGUGGAAGUGCUACCGCCAGCUCCUCCUGCCCAGGUCCCAGCAGCAUCCUGUGCCCAGGGUUGGGAUGGAGCCCCACAGGCAGACUCCUGCUUCAAGUUCUUUGUGAGGGACAAAAACCUAAAGAAGAAUUGGUUUGAAGCUGAAGAAUUCUGUAGAGAAAUAGGAGGAAAUCUGGUCACAAUCAAUUCAAAAGAAGAUCAAGUUUUUAUAUGGCAGUUAGCAUUGGAAAAAGGACUGCAAACUCAGGGUUUCUGGAUGGGUUUGUUUCUCUUAAAUCCUGACGAAGGAUUUACCUGGAUUGAUGGUUCUCCUGUAAUUUAUGAGAACUGGGAUGAAGAUGAACCUAAUAAUGAUAAAGGAAUUGAGCACUGUGUUAUGCUUAAUAGAUCACCACAAAUGCGCUGGAAUGACUUGUACUGUGAACAUUUGCUUAAUUGGAUUUGUGAAACUAAAAAAGGUACUCUGCUCAAACCUGAACCAAACAACAAACAUGAAUAUCGAGCUGUACAAACUGCUGAUGGGUGGAUUAUAUACAAAGAUAAGCAGUACUAUUUCAGCAGAGAACGUGUCCCUAUGGAAAAAGCACGGAGAAUUUGCCAGAGGAACUUUGCAGAUCUCGUUGUCAUUGAGGAUGAAAAUGAAAGACAGCUUAUUUGGAAAUAUAUUAACAGAAAACUGAGUGGUGUAUUUCUCCAAGAGGAAUCAUAUUUCAUUGGCUUAUUUGUCAGUUCUGAUCGGAAGCUCAGCUGGCUGGGUAAAACCCCUGUGAACUAUGUUGCCUGGGCUCCGGGAGAACCCAUUUAUUCACAUAAUGAUGAAAACUGUGUGGUAAUAAGAAAAGAUUUUGGCUUUUGGAACGGUGUAAACUGUGGUUUGAAAAAUGCCUUCAUCUGUGAAAGGCACAAUUCAACUUACUCAGGAUUUGUUCCCACUGUACUUCCGCCUUUGGGAGGAUGUCCUGAAAUGUGGAUUUUGUUUCAAAAUAAGUGUUAUAAAAUAGUUGGGUCCAGGGAAGAAGAGAGACUGACUUGGUACUCAGCAAGAAGUGCUUGUAUAGAACUAGGGGGAAAUUUGGCCUCUAUACACAAUGCUCAAGUACAAGCAUUCCUCACUUUCCAUCUAAAGGAUGUCACGGAUGAGGCUUGGAUAGGAUUAAAUGAUAAGCAUUCAUAUGUUUGGACAGAUGGAAGCCCUUAUGAUUAUGCAUAUUGGGCAAGAGGAUUCCCCUUGGGUAAAUACAGUAGAGUUGGCUGGAAGACUGACUGUAUUGCGAUGACGGUAAGAUCUGUAAAUGAAGCAGGGAAGUGGGAAAACACAGACUGCCAUCACAACAAAAGCUAUAUUUGCCAGAUGGACAGCAAGCCUGAACUAUUCCAUUCCACAACUGCUCCAGAUUCUGACUUCUUCCAUUAUGGUAACAGUAGCUAUUUAAUCAUUCCUUCUAAAAUGAGUUGGGAAGAAGCAAGAAAAGCCUGCAGGGUGAAAUCUUCAGAGCUUGCCAGCGUUUCAGAUUAUUACAGUAAUAUAUUUCUCCUGCUCCAGGCAGCACAGUAUGGCGAGCCCUUAUGGAUUGGACUCAAUAGCAAUAUGAGUUAUGGGUACUACAGAUGGAGUGAUAAAAGGAAAAUUGAUUUUUCUAAUUGGAACUAUGAAGAACCAAAAGAGAAAAUAGCAUGUGUCUUCCUAGAUCUCAGUGGGGAAUGGAAAACAGCACCUUGUAAUGAAAAACACUUUUCUGCCUGCAAAAAAUCAGAGGAUAUAGUUUCUUCUGAUCCUCCACAGGAUAUUGGAAGAUGUCCUCAGUCAGGUCACAUAGCUUGGAUUCCUUUCCGUAGCUACUGCUACUACUUUAAUGCCAAUGAAAUGAGCUGGGUUCAGGCUGUGACUCGAUGCAUUCAGUCAGUGAUAGGUGGAAUGCUGACUUCUGUAGAAGACUUGGCUGAAUCCAACUUCCUGUCAGAACAUGCAGACUUAUACACAAGCAAGACAAGUGGCUUUUGGAUAGGAUUAUACAGAAAUAUAAGUGGGCAGCUGCUCUGGCAAGACAACAGUGCAUUGGACUUUGUCAACUGGGGUGAAGCAGAGCCCUUGGAAGAGCAGCGUGAGAACGAGUACUGUGUGCAGCUCUCUGCCUCCUCUGGGUCCAGGAAUAGCAUCCCUUGCUCCUCCAGAAAGGGUUUUAUCUGUAAGACACCAAAGACUGCUCCUGAAGCAGUUGCAAAUGUGAAAGGUGGCCAAAAGGACAAGGAUCAGAGCACUGUUUGGAUACUCCUUAUUCUGGUUCUCGUAAUUUUAGUAGGCAUGGGCAUCAUGGUUUAUUUCUUCUUCAAGAUCAAAAUCCAGAGUGAGGCUGAACGAGCAGUGGGGCAGCACAGCAUGCUGGUGGAGUACAGCAGUGCCCUGGCCAGAGAGAACAACGAAAAUGAUUCUGCCAGCAGCGAAGGAGGAAGUGAACGCAGUGCUGUGUAAUGUGAUAACAGCUACUCUAUAAAUCCAAGCUUUAAAAGUAAUCUAGCUAGAACAAAUAAAUCUUAGUAAAAGUUACAUGUACCAACAUGCAACUUGAACUAAAGCGGCAAUUAUUCCUUUGGUAUGGGUUAGGCACUAUAGAGCAUCUGUGAGUGAGAUAUCUGUCCUUCAUUCAUGGCUUCAACUUAGAUUAGACAUACCCUGCAACUUUGAAUAUUUUGCAUUAAC